AUGAACGGCUACAAAGGCUUGGUGGACGCCUAUUUGGUCCAACACAAAUUUAAAGAGGCAUUAGGGUGUGCAAAGGAAGCCUUUUCCGCCAUGCCAAAGAGCGCCACGGCCAUCACCUUGGUGGGUCGCGUCCUGGCCCAGUUGCCGGAGGGGCGCGAGAAGGCCAAGCGUGCCUUCCAAAGGGCCCUGAGCAUGAACCCGUCCACGGUCGAUGCCCUUUUGGCCCUGGCAGACUUGCAUCUUGGGGCACAGGAAUACGAUAAAUGUAUACAUCUGUUGUCGAGUAGUUUGCAAAAUAGUGGGCAUGAUUUCUUGCAUACCAAGUUGGGGGAGGCCUAUGCUAUCAGUGGAGAUUUUUCAAAGGCUCUAGCAUCUUUUAACACUGCUGUUUCCAUGAAUCCAUCUUCUGCACCAGCCACGGCUGGGCUGGAAAAACUAGAGAAGCUUUUGCGGGGGGUUGAGCCAGAGGAGGAUGGGGAGGGGGAGGAGGUGGACGAGGAGGUUGAGGCAGAGGAGGAUGAUAUGGUGGAGGGCACGACAGACUAG